AUGUUUAGUAAAAGAAGCAUAUUGCCUGUUUGCAAAACAUUUUUGCCAAAAUCAGGCUCCUUUUGCAGACAAACAAUCUAUAAAACAUGCUAUCUUUUGUUUGUUGCAUGCGCCUUGGGCAUACCAGCGUUUCAAGGCAUGGCGCAGUCGCAAGAUUUCGUAAAGAAUCGGCGCUUGGACAACCUACUGGUAAAAGAGCUGCAUUCAAUGAUUAAUAUAUAUGGGCGCGCGUCGAAUGAAGAAAAUGUGCUGCAGAAGGAGCUUUCGAUAGAAAACGUGGGGAAGGCGUUUUGGGCAUUGCUGCGUGCGCCCAGCAAAGAAAGCGCGUUCAACGUGCUGGACAUGUGGCGCGUGGACGAACUGGAGGAUUAUGAUGUGCCCAUUUUGGCCUGCCACUCAGAGUUGAUCAAUAUGCUGUUUCCUGUCUCAGAUCUUCUUAUUGGCAACAAAGGCACAGUUGUUCGAAUGGACCUUCUUGCCGAAAAAUUCUUGAAAAACAAUAGAAUUAUACAGAUAAUUGUUUCCAACCUAAUUUCAAGGGCUAUCUUUUCGAUUAUGCACGUGCAGCCAGCGCCAAUGAGAGAGCCUCUCUGCUGCUAUGUCAAGAAAAAGAUGCACAUGUUGGAAACAGAGUGCAGACACAGCAACAGCCUGCGCCAGCUGACGUGGCUGGAAAGAUAUCUGAACAACGUAGAAGGCCCAGUAUACGAAAACUUUACGUCUAUUUUCAACCCAAAAACCCGGGAGGCUCUGGGAGUUCUAUCGCUUGGCGACCUGACCGAGUGCUUUGACAUGUACCUAGACUCCUGCCUGGACUACAAUGAGGCCGACAUUUGCAGCUAUAUAGAAUCUGCAAAAAAGCAGAAGCUAAGGGGGUGCACUGCGUCUACUAUGGCCGAAAGAACCGCAAAAGGUUUGUCGUACAGCAGCACAGAAAACCCCGCAGGAUUGUCGAACAGCUCUUUUCUGGGAGAAAAAGCGCACACCUAUGCUAUCCCGAAUGAUGUGCAUGCAAGAAAUACAUUCCAGCAAAAACGGUCUGUAUUUUCAGGCCGCCUCAGUAAGUCUUUGGACUCCAGCCGUGCAUCCUCUAGCUCCAGCAGUGGAGGUCCAAACUACGUAAAUACUUGCCAGAGCACAGACAGCAGCGAACAUUUCUAUUCAAAUAGCUGUUACGCCACAAGCCCCAUCACAGAAUAUUUGCAGCCAAGAAGCAAGGAAGGCUUGCCAAAUCCACACGCGCCCCUGCAUUGCACAGCCAGCCGCAACAGCUCGCAUACAUACGAGGAAAUUGACGACAAGCUGGGACACUUUUCAAACCAAAUACGGCAUAGCCCAGACCCUCUUCCAAUUAAUAACCCCCGAAAAGGCGUUUUUAAAAAAAUAGCCAGUCUGUUUUCUUUUUCCUCUAACCCGAAAAAAGCAGCGCCUACAACAAAACCAGAUCUGGCGAAAGAAAGGAUGCAGCGGCAAAAAAAAAUGAAAGUUUACGUGCCCGAGCAGAACUUUUGCAGUAACGCGGGCGCGUCUAAAAAAGAGCACAGACAGCAAGCGCAGAAGCACAGUACACACUUCAGCCCUACACGCACAGCCGGCUUUUUGGCCCCCGCCAGCCCGAGUCUUAAAAAAGCACCGAGCGCUGGAAGUCCUGGCCUGGAUAGGAAAGCCACCGGCCUCCACUCUUCUGCAAACUCCUCAAGAGCUCCACGCAUUGAAAGUUUGCCGAGGACCCCGAAUGGCUUUUGCAUGCCGUCUUUUUCGUCUAUAGGCCUAGACAAAGAAGAGGAGAUAAUGAGGGGGAAGGCAGGCCCACAUGCAUGCAAGAAAGCCUAUGCGUCCCAUUGGGGAUUGAGUGAGGCGCCGCCUGUGCCUAGAGACUCGCCGAGAAAGAAAGGGGCAGUAACACUAACCCCGCCACCUGCUCGAACCCCGCUGCCUCUGCAAAAAAUUUAUGAGGAAAGCUGCACCUCAAGCGAAAGCACCUCCUUGGAGGGUAUUGGAGAAAGCACGCAACUCAAGCAGAAAUUACAAGGCCUUGCCGAGCCUUCUUCGUUUAAAAUUAUUAUUCCUGAAGAAGAAACCAUUGCCAUAUCCUCUAAUGAUCAACCUGUGCAAAAAAAGAAACUCUAUAGAAAUUCAUACGUAAUUGAAUAA